GUAUUUUCGUUCCUAUCACACUUUUCAUUUCUCACACGAAACACAGCGAUUUCUCAUCUAGAAACUAGUGUCACAAUCCAAUCUUUCAAUGGACAUUUCCCCAAAAUUGAAGAAAGGAGCCGGAGGAAGGAAAGGAGGAGGACCAAGGAAGAAAGCCGUGACCAGAUCUGUCAGAGCCGGACUUCAAUUUCCCGUCGGAAGAAUAGGCCGUUACUUGAAGAAAGGUAGAUACGCUCAGCGUGUUGGAACUGGUGCACCUGUUUACUUAGCCGCUGUUCUCGAAUAUCUCGCUGCUGAGGUGCUUGAGUUGGCUGGAAAUGCAGCUCGUGAUAACAAGAAGAAUAGGAUAAUCCCAAGACAUUUAUUGUUGGCUAUCAGGAACGAUGUUGAGCUUGGAAAUUUGCUUGCUGGUGUUACAAUUGCUCAUGGCGGUGUUCUUCCUAACAUUAACCCGGUCCUUCUGCCCAAGAGAAAUGAAAAAGCUGCUGCUGUUAAGGAGCCCAAGUCCCCUGCUAAGUCGAAGAAGGCUUUGAUUUGAUUUUUUUUUGGUUAAUUCUUAGAAAUUUGUGCAUAUUCAAGUUUAGGAUCCAAUGGUCUAACAGAAAUGUUGAAUGUGUUUGCUGUAAUGUUAGAUGGAUCGCACGUUCCUGUAUUGAGUUAGAAUCAUUAAUGAAAACAUCUUGUUUUAAAUCUA